CUUUCCCCCCUGCAUGUACCUUAAAUAUCUUCCAUGCAGUUCACAGGGUUUAAUUUUAGGCUCCGCAUGGGGUAGGAGCAAACCGUCUCUCGCUGAAGUCAAAGUCAGAGGCUUCCCAGUUUGUUCUGUCCUGAGUCACAAGUUGGACAGAGAUUUCAAUUCCUUUUGAUAUCAGCAGAAGAAAGAAACUACAGUGCGACAGUAUGUCUGACAGUAGAGACCUUGAUGAUCUCAAUGAGGAGGACAUUGAUGAGGAUGAAAUCCUCGCCAUGCUUUCACCCGAGGAGCUUAAGGAGCUCCAGAGUGAGAUGGAUGUUAUUAUUGCCCCAGAUGAGAGUGUACCAGUAGGACAGAGACAGAAGGACCAGACAGAGAAACCUCCGACAGGGACGUUCGACCACAGAUCCCUGGUUGAUUACCUCUACUGGGAGAAAGAGUCUAAGCGUAUGCUCGAGGAAGAAAGAGUGCCAGCUACUCUGCUGCCCAGUGAGAAAAGAAGGGAGGAAGCAGAAAAGGAAGAUAAAGAGGAAAGCUCAGAAGAUGUGAAAUAUGAGGUUUAUGAAGUGAUAGAGGAAAUCAUUGAAGAGGAAACUGCAGAUUGUGCAGAUGGAGAGGAAAUUAUAGAGGAGAUAAUUGAGGAAAUAGUGGAAGAAGUUGAAGAGAAAGAUGAAACGGACAAAGGAAUCGAUGUGGAUAAAGAGGAUAAGGCGAAGCUGUCUGUGGAAGACAAACCUGAAAAUACAGUCAAACAUGAGGAGUGUCUAGAUAACACAGUAAAAGUAGCAGAAGACAGUCCAGUUGACAAUCAGUCUUUGCCUGACACAGAAGAGAAGACUGAGAGUUUAGCCACAGAACACAAUGUUGAAGAGAAAGCAGAAAAUACAAAUACUAAUAAUUUACCUCCUCAAGAAGCUCCAGAGGCCCCAGAGCCAAAUGAAACCACUGAUAAGCUCCCACCCAAAGAAGAGAGAAAAAUUAACAAAUUAAAAAUUCCAAAGCUGGCCCUCAACAACAUAAAAAUGACAUCAAGACCUUCAGGAAAUGAGACAAACUUGGAGUCGACGCUUGACAAGCUCCGCAACAACAACCCCUCGGUCACUGAGGUGAACCUCAACAACAUAGAAAACAUUCCCAAAGAGAUGCUCCUGGACUACGUCAAUGCCUUAAAGAAAAAUAAACAUGUGAAAACGUUCAGUAUAGCAAACACUGGUGUGGAUGAAAACAUUGCUUUCAGCCUGGCCAACAUGCUACGAGAGAAUCGCAGCAUUACGACUUUGAACAUCGAGUCCAACUUCAUAACCGGAAAGGGCAUCGUCGCCAUCAUCCGCUGCCUCCAGUUCAACGAGACUCUCACUGAGCUGCGGUUUCACAACCAGAGGCACAUGCUGGGUCACCACGCAGAGAUGGAGAUCUCCCGCCUGCUCAAGGCCAACAACACCCUUCUGAAGAUGGGCUACCACUUUGAGCAACCAGGUCCAAGGAUGGUGGUGACCAACCUUUUGACCAGGAAUCUUGAUCGCCAGAGGCAGCUGAGGAAGGAGGAGCAGAAGCAGCAGCAGCUAAAGGAGCAGAGGGAGCUGAUGCACAUGUAUGAGAACAGCCUCAACCUGCCUCCCGGUUUACUUGAGAUGUUGGGAUACAUACCACCUCUGGAACUCCUACAGGAGCACGGGCUCGUCCCACCCUCAUCGGAGCUGAACACCGUACCUCAACCGCACCAACAACCAGAGCAGCCAGAGCAGCCAGAGCCACAGAAGCAGCCAAAACACAAAAGCAUUCCCAAACAACCCAGUGCCGAACCAAAGAACACAUUAAGAGACGUCCAGCUGAAGAGGACCCCCAAGAAACGCGAUCCAUUUCUGGACCUGGACCCGAGGGAUUGUGGGAGACCAGAGAGGGCAAGUUUCCAACUGAGAAAGACUCCCAAAGUGAAGGAUGCAGGCAGCGAAGGGAUGACAGAUGGAAAACCCAACCUGACUGACGUGAUAAAGACUUUGAAGCCUGUCCCUCGCAGACGAGUGCCUCCAAAGGUUGACCUCACUCCUCGAGAUCAGCUCCUAGAUGAGAUCAAGAAGAGCAACGUGGCCUAUCUCAAAGCUGUGCCGCUCCCCAAAGCCCUGGAAUCAAGUGAAACAAGUCUCUUUUCAGACUUAUAAGACUUCUUCACCACACUGUAUGUUUGUUUUACACACACUUAGAAUUAGUCACUCCACAUGAACAGCACAAAUGAUGAGUGAACUAUAUCGUUGUUACAUAGAGUUCUGGUUGGUUUUUGUUCCACUCCUGUAUUAUCUCAAUAAAUACUACGGUCUUGAGAAAGACAAUAUUAAUGUUACACAUUAUAUACCACAUUAAUUGUACAUUCACACAUGCUAUUACUUUCGUUUGCUAUUGCUUAAAUACAGAGCAUAGAAAAAAUGUUGUUUAUUCACAAGUCCUAUUAUUAUGUAAUGUCUAGUAACAAUUUCUUUGUGCUAAAAAUGUAUUAAUAAAAAGGCUUGUUUGAUUACAUUUUAGAUUAUUAACUUUGGCACAAAUAUGAUCAAUGCAUUUGUAUUUUAAUACAUUAAAAAAAAAAAAGACCUUCUA